AUGCAACAAUACUCAGGUAACUCAUUAUCGAAAAAUGGAAAAAGGUCGGAAAGAUAUACACAAAAAGAAUUGAGAUUUUUACUCGAGGAAGUUCAGAAGUAUCCAAAUAUUAUAGAGUCACCGAAUAGUCAUAGUGAGACAAAACACAGAAAGUUUGUAUUAUGGCAGCACAUUUCAAAAAAGUUACAAAAUAAAUUCCCUGAUUCUAGCUGUAAAUCUCCGAUUCAGCUCAGAAAUUGGUGGAAAAGAACUAAAAGUAGGGCUAAACAACGUCUUUCGUGUGGACCUUGUUCGACAGAAAAAUGUAAAUUCACAGAAAAUGGUAUCAGAGAAGUUCAUGAAAACAGCCGAGGAUACCUGGAAACAAUUUUUUCCGAAAUCUGUGAGUUCAGACGUCAGGUAAUGACUUCUUAUACACCGGAAAAAGAAGAUUCAGAAUUCACGAAAUUUUUAGAAGAAACAUCAGAAGAUUAUAGUCCACAGAAUCAAGAAGGUGUAUGUGGACCUCCAGAAUCUAGUGAUUUUGAAAACGACUCAACGGCAGAAUCAUUCGGGGCCUUUGCACAUGGAAAUUUCGUAUCUUUUACUUGCCAUCGCAGUAGAGAUUCGCAAGAAAAUAAUCAUGUUCGAAGUUCAAGUCCCAGAGAUUCUAAUAAAAGGACUAAUGUUCCUCCCCAAAAUUUUCUUGAUUACAACUCAACUGAAACAAUUAUAAAAAAAUAUAAUGAAGGCGAAUCUAUGUUACAGAGGGAUAAUACUAGUGGUUUACUUAGCCAGAUUUUCACAAACGCAGCAGCGAGUUUUCUAUCGAACUAUAAACUUUUAAUUGAGAAUCCAUCACUUUGUAAUAUGAGUGGAAUAUACUAUUCUGAAAAUGAUGCAUCACACAAAAAUUCUGAUGAAAACAGUGGUGAUGUUUUGACUGAGGAAUCAAGUUUGAGUGGAAAUUCGUCUUCGUACUUCACCGAAGCUUCUAAAAACCUUGAAUUGUCAACGAAUGAAGACAAUAUGUUUUACAUUCCUUCAGUUUCAAAUCAUUCUACCUGCAUGCCAAUGCUAAAUGCACCUAAAACGUUCAAAAAGAUUAAUAAUGGCCCUGAAUGUUCGUUUUUGUGGCUGGAACUGAUGCAGAUAGAAAAUGAAAUUCUUAAACUUAAAAAGCGAAAACUGGAUCUAGAAAUUACCAUUUCAGACGACUGCCUAAAUAAUUAUUUACAAAAAUUACAUGUACCGUAA